AUGCUCAAUCCAGGCCCACCAGCACUGUACCGUCUUUACACAACAAGAAGUAAUCUAGACAAAGACGGCAAAAUCAGAAAGUGGACAUUUGGGCAGAAAUUUGCCAACAUGAAAAACAGAACAGUCCUGAUGGUGGGAGAAACAGGAACAGGCAAGACCACUCUGAUCAACACCAUGGUCAAUUACUUUCUGGGGGUGAAGUUUGAGGAUAAAGUGUGGUUUGAGAUCACAGAAGAAGAAAAAAGAGCUCAAACAGAAUCUCAGACAUCAGCAGUCACUGUUUAUGAGAUCAUUUCUGAGGAGAAACUCUCCUCUCUCACCAUCAUUGACACUCCAGGUUAUGGAGACACCAGAGGAAUAGAUAAGGACACGGAAAUCGCUCGAAACUUACGUGAUUUAUUUCUGCAUGGUACUGGAGUGAAAGAUCUUGAUGCUGUGUGUCUUGUACUGAAAUCAACUCAGAACAGAAUCUCAGAGAAUCAGCGCUACAUUUUUGAAGCAGUUCUGUCCUUAUUCGGUAAAGACAUAGAGGACAUUAUAGUGCUGUUUAUUACACACUCAGAUGGAGGACCACCAACAAAUGUUCUGGAAGCCAUCAAGACAGAAAAGAUCCCCUGCUGCCACGAUGAUGAGAAUGAACCUGUUCAUUUUCUAUUCAACAACCGUCAGUCUGAGAAACAGACAAAAAAAUAUGAGCAUGUUCUCAAAUCAUCUUGGGAAAUGGCGGCAAGCAGUUUUGGGGAAUUUUUUGAAUUCCUAAAAUCACGAGAGAGAAGAAGCUUAACUAUGACUGUAAGAGUUCUAAACGAGCGCAUGCAGCUUGAGGCCUGUGUUGAGAGUCUGAAGGAACGCAUCAAGUACAGGGAAGCGAAACAGAGUGAACUGACUCAAGUUCAGGAUACUCUGAAACUGAACAAAGAAAAGAUUGAGAAGGAUGAAAAUUUUACUUUCACUGUCAAGAUUGCUUACAAAGAGAAAGUCGACACUACAGGUGCUUUAUUGUGGAACCAAAUGGUGACCUCCUGCUAUAAAUGUGAGGAGAAUUGUCAUGAGUAUAACUGCUGGUUUGCCAGAAAUGUCCAGUGGUGUGAAGUUAUAAAAGCAAACCACUGCAUUGUGUGUAAGUGUCACUACUCCACACAUGUCAGAGAGAGCAAGAAAUAUGUAACAAAGUGGAGAGAGGAAACAGUCACAUUUGAAGAACUGAAAAACAAAUAUAGUAAUACACAUGAAGCAAAAGCCUCUUAUGACAAACAGAUGACAAACCUAGAAAUCAGGCUGAAAAUGCUGUUGGCUAUGAAUGAAGAAGAAAAGAACAGCUUGGUGAAAGAUGCCUACAUGGCAAUCAUAAAACUGUCUGAGAUUGCCUUAAAACCAGACUCUGCCUUCACCAUUCAGUACCUAGACUUCCUGAUUCCUCGAGUUGAAGAAGCUGGACCUGCAGGGUGGGCUCAGAAACUGAGGGACAUGCAGAGAGCAGCCAAAGAAUCAACUAAAUCUGCAGUGGGAUAUUUAAGGAAGAUGAAUAAGGACACUCAGAAAGCUGCAGACAAAGAAUCAACUAACUCUGCAGUGGGGAGGCACUGGUCAGAAUCUGAAAAACAGCAAAGGCGCAGGCUGAUGAUGUCAGAAAUCAUUGAUUGGACGAUAGCGAUGUUUACCCAGGAAAGGAGAACAAAGAUUAUCCAGGAUGAGGCGCCACUUAUGAAAAUCACAACGUGUGAAAGUAACUUCCACGAUCCACCAAUGAACGCUUCAGCUCUCCGGAAUACUAACUUGUUGGAUCUGUGA